CAACCUUGAAGCACAGCCCACGGGAGCCGCCGAGAUAGUAACUUCGCCCGCUCUCCGGACAAGGAACGCUCCCUCAGCGCCAGAGCUGGGCGAGUCAACGUCACUCCUCCCAAGGCAACAACGGCGCAUGCGCCCUGAGGUCUAGCGAUUUAAAAGGCGGUAGAACGAGAGCCGGCUUGUGAUCGAGUGCACACGUAAUUCACCACUCGCGGGUGGAAGCGGAGAUGCGGCUUCGCUUUGGGAAGAAGGCAUGCGAGCUGCUGCGUCUCUUUUCCAGAGAAGUUGAAGCACAAUAAACAGUUAAGACUACUCAUCUUGCCAACCUGAGCCCAGACCCAAUCUUCAUUUUGAUCAGUGGGCAACAAACUGAGAUCUUCACUGUUGGCUAUAACAUGGCUAUCAACCUUUUGCUAUUCAGCUACAAAAGAAAACUCAGGACUCUGAACUCCUGCUCUGAAUCCCCCUAAGGAGAAUGCUGUUGGCUGGGGCAACUCUUGGAUGAUGAGGUGCAUGGGGGGCCUGGCUCAGAGGGCCUGGCUCAGCAUGGUGUUUCAGAAUCGCAAAGCCCAGCUUUUGCUGAUCAACUCCCUAACCUUUGGCUUGGAAGUCUGCCUUGCUGCAGGUGUCACAUAUGUGCCGCCCCUCUUGUUGGAAGUAGGAGUGGAAGAGAAGUUUAUGACCAUGGUUCUGGGGAUUGGGCCAGUUCUAGGCCUAGUGUUUGUACCACUCCUUGGCUCUGCCAGCGACCACUGGCAUAGCAGCUAUGGCCGACGAAGGCCCUUCAUCUGGGUCCUGUGCCUAGGCGUUCUCCUGAGCCUUCUGAUCAUCCCACAUGCUCACCAUCUGGCUGGACUCGUUGCCUUGGACACCCGUGCCUUGGAGCUGGCCUUCCUUAUCCUGGGGGUUGGCCUCCUUGACUUCUGUGGCCAGGUCUGCUUCACCCCCUUGGAGGCCCUUCUCUCUGACCUGUUCCAGGAGCCGGACAGCUGCCGACAGGCCUUCUCUUUGUACUCUUUCAUGGUUAGCCUGGGAGGCUGUGUUGGGUACUUGCUCCCAGCUAUUGACUGGGACAGUAGCUUCCUUGCUCCUUACUUAGGGGGUCAGGAGGAAUGCCUCUUUAGCCUCCUUACCAUCAUCUUCCUUGGCUGUGUCUUAGCAACUGUCUUUGUGAGAGAGGAGGUGUCAGCUCAGGUAGAGCUCAGCUCAGGCCCUAUAGGGAAGUCUUCCAAGUCCCCAUCAUUUGGCUGCUGCUCUUUCUGGCUUCCAAAGAACUUUUUGAGGACCAGGCACCUGGUCCAGGCCUUUAGGAAUCUUUGUGCCUUGGCCCCACGCCUACAUGGAGUGUGCUGUCGUAUUCCCAAGGUAAUCCGAAAGCUUUUUGUGGCAGAAUUCUGCAGCUGGAUGGCCCUCAUGACGUUCAUGCUGUUCUACACAGACUUUGUUGGGGAAGGACUGUACCAGGGCGUUCCCAGGGCUAAGCCUGGGACGGAAGCCAGGAGAAACUAUGAUGAAGGAAUUCGGAUGGGUAGCCUGGGCCUCUUUCUCCAGUGCAUCAUCUCCAUUUUCUUCUCAACAAUCAUGGAUCGGAUGGUGAAACAGUUUGGGACACGAAUGGUCUACUUAGCUAGCGUGGCCCUAUUUCCACUGACAGCCUUCAUCAUGUGCUUCUCUCAAAGUGUUGUCAUUGUCACUGUUUCUGCUGCCUUGACUGGCUUCCCUUUCUCAGUGCUUCAGAUCCUUCCAUACACACUUGCAUCACUUUAUCAUCAUGAAAAACAGAUAUAUUUGCCUAAGUAUAAAAGUAAAGAGGAUGCAGCUCAAUCAGAAAAGAAACUUGGUUUUCUCAAAAACCACCUUUCUACUCAGAAGUUGAACUACCAGAAUGGACAUGGUGGAAGCCUGCACUCUCCCCCCGUUGCUGGCUCUUCUCUCUGUGUCAGCUCACCAUGUGAAGUCUCACUCAUGAUGAUGGUGGGAGAUUCAGACACUGCAACUGCAAGCCGAGGCAUCUGUUCAGAUCUGGCCAUCUUGGACAGUGCUUUUCUUCUUUCCCAGGUUAUCCCAUCCCUUCUUAUGGGUUCACUGGUUCAGUUCACACAGUCUGUCACCACUUAUAUGGCAUCUGCUACUGGCUUUGGGUUGGUAGCCAUUUACUUUGCAACCAAAGUUAUUUUUGACAAAAGUGAUAUGGCCAAGUAUUCAGUAUAGAAGGAGAGAACUAGAGAGAAAAUUUAUGUACAUCAAAACACAUAAUAGAGAAGAGUCAGAAGGGCACAUAUAGCCUCUUUCUGCUUCUCUGAUUGUUACAAUGAGAUGUGCAAAAUAUCUGGCUUAAGGAAAAAUAACUGGGUUGAUCUCAGGGUCUCUUAAUAAAAAGUGUGGUAUUGGGCUGUCUCUUUUCACCCUAUGCCUUCAGUAAAAAUCUCUGCGCACAAGCCUAUGGAUCAGGCUCACAAGAGCCAUUCUAACAGGGUGCUACUAUGAUCACUUCCUCAAGUUGUGUGGAUGGAUGGUGACAUAGUGCAGAAGGGACCAAAGAUAGCUCAGAGAUGCAAUGAACCUUGUUUCUUAGUUCCUUUCUGUAUUGAAACUUUGUUGGUCAGUUUUUGUAUUAAGUCCUCAUUACUUGCUUUGAGCCAGAAAAGAUAUGGGAAGACAAAUGUACAUGGUAUAUCAAUGUUUUUGGAAAGAUGUAAGAAUAAUACACUCCCUUCAUCUUUCUGGAUGUGUUGCAGGUUAAGAUCUAGGUGGUAUAAAUAAUUUGAGCAGAGCUACAUAGGAGGGAGCUUGUUUAGCAGAAGAUGCUGUGGUUACACUGGCAGCAACUCUACCACAGCAUGACGGAAAUGAAAACCUUGGUUGUCAGCUGAUCCUUUUCCGCACAUCUGCCCAAAACAGAGCCUGCAGUUAGUGCAAAUAGAGACUUGCAUAAACGGAGGCUGAAGAACAUGCCUCUCUGGGGACUUGCCUUUAAGUGACUGACUGGCCCAAACAAAUUACAGUGCUUUCCACUGUGUGCAGUCCUAAAAAGAAGGCUUAGAGUAAAAACACUUGGGUGUAUGCUGCUAUUUCUACUAAGGAGAUGUGGUGGUCAUUCAAAUUUCUGCGGAAGGGCUUUAUAGAAAAGGAACUAUGUUCUUCUAUAGCACAAGGCAGGCUCCAAACUGAAUUUUCCACUGUGUAAUCCGUAUUUUCUGCCACCCAGAUAGAGCAGAAGCAUUUCUUUGGCCAGAAAAGCAUUGCAGGCCAAACUGCACUCUUUUUAAUCCACCCCCUCAACUGUUUUUAAUAAGCCAUAUAGCUUGCAUUGAUUCCAUCAGCAGCAGGCAGGAUAGCUCUUACUGACCAGGAGUAACACAUAGCCAGUACAACAUGAGUUCAGGAUGCACAGAACAGUGGGACCAGGAGGUCAAGAUCAACUCUUUUUCCCCAAGGUAGGAUCCCCUUUCCAUGGGGUUGCACAAAUUAAAAUUGUACUUGUAAUUAGAACAAUUAGUAGAUUAGAUCUCACAAUAGUAUUAUAAGUAAAUAGUGAUUGCAGGGAAGCCUUAGGAUUCUAGAAUUUGGGAUGGGAAAGAGGUGGGUUUUUGUCUGACCUAAACAUCAGUUGGUCAUUUCUAACUUGGCCUUUUUUGCAUUUUGAGGUAUGAGAUUGUUGAGACAAUCAUGUAGGCCCCAAAGCCUACUUAAUCCAUGCUCUUUGGUCAGCCUUAGUGUGCUGCUGUCUUGCCAAAUUAUUGUGUAAACCAGACUGCAGUAUGUCACAAGAACCCAUUAAGAAACUGCUAGAUGAAGUGUGCCAAAGGCCCCUGUAGGAAAAAUAUUUUUAUUCAAAGGGAUGAAUCCUGCAAGUGUUCAGUAUCUUUAGAAGUUUUAACUAAUGCACAUUCUUAGCCUAAAGAAGCUGGUCAGUUAAAACCUGUAAAAGACAACAUUUAUCCACAAAAGGCCUCUGUUACAGGCUUAUGCUAACUGGAUAUCCAGUGAAUGCAGCUAUCUUUGUUACGUUAGAGGGAGGGAAUUGAUGUGGAUGAAGAAUAGACUUAAUACCUAUAUCCUGGUAAUGCUUACAAUUUAAUCAUCUGAGUGGAAGGAGUAAAGUUAUAAAACAAAAAUAGGGGGAAAAUGCUGUAGGAAGAAAAAAGACUGGAGAGCUGUCUUUCAGAACUGGAUUAGGAGAUGUAAACUGAAGAGAAAAAAGCAAAAAGCAAAACUGAAUACAUUGCCAUUACGUUGGCUUUCUCCAAUCUGAUACUCUUCAGAUGUGUUGGAUUAUAACUCAGCAUUCCCAUCCAACAAGCAGAUUGCAGGUAAAGAGGACAAUAGUCCAGUCAUGUGGUUUUUUCUAAUGCCAUAAGUACAGGGCUGUCAAAAAAACACAUUUGAUAUUAGGUCCUAACAUGGUUUCAUGCUUUAAAUGAUGGCACACAUUGUCCUAGUCAUCAGUGUCACCUCCCUGCAUGAUCAAAUAGCAGUAGCUGAUCCUGGAUUUUUUCACUUGAGAACCCUUUAGUGCUACUGAGGUAUUGCUAGAACUGGAAUUAAAACAGUUGACCAAUAUAAACAUGUGUAUAUUAUACAAUGGUCCUUCCAUAACAUUUAGUCACAAAUUAGCAAAGGUCUUUCCCAAAUACAUGUAUGCUUCAGACCCAGUUUAUGGUUCCAUGAGGCAAAUGGGAUUGUUUUCUAGCAAGUAUAAUAUAUUUCUGUCUAAAAAUUUAAAUCAGAAUUUAAAGAAGCCUAACUUCAUAUGAUGGUGUCUUUUUAAAAAUGGGUCUCUGAGAGUGAUAUGCCAAUUGAGUGUUUGUCUCUGCUAUAGGCUCCUCGCAUUCUUUCCAACUCAAGUUAGAUUCACAUGCUUGGCUUAGCCUGAUGUGUUAAGAUGGGGAGGGGGAGGGGAGGGAAUAUGGAAGUACAACACAAUUAGAGGGGUUUAGCUUGGGGAAAGUUGAUGUAGGAGCUAGCUGAGUGGCUGAAAAGACAUUGGCAGAGAUGCCUAUACAAAAAGCUUGAUAAACCAUCCAAUCCAUCUUUUCAUACAAAACCAAUCCCUAGAAGUAUAAAUUGGGUUCAUUAACCCCAUUUAGUCAUAGUGGUUUGACCAUAAUUUACUGGAUAAGCCACAACUAGCUGUGUUCACAGAAACAAUAAGCCAUAAACUAUGAGCUAGCAAUCUCCAUUACUGAGUUAACAGAACAUGCCAAGACAAAAUCUAACUAACCACAUUAUAGUUUGAACUUCAGCAUAAGCCCAUUCUUGUUUUUGCAUUUUGAACAAAUUAUCCAGGGAUAUGAACUAGUGGAACUGUCACUAUGUCUGUCCUGCACAGAUAGUUGUGGGGUUUAUAACAAACUCCAUCUCAGCUGUCCUAUGAUUAAAUCUUUUCCAUUCCAUUAUGUGGCAGAAUGUCUGCACAGUUGAAAUUAAGAAACAUAAAGCUGAUGAAAUUGUUCUUGCUAACAUUUAGUGGGUUAAUAUAGAAGAUAAAUUCAUGAGCCAUAUCAGUUCUGUGUAAUUUUGUCCCAUGAUACAGCAUUAUCUUCCGCUUCUAUCCAAAACUCUCAUAUGCCAGCAACUAACUUGGUUUAAAUCAAUAGGGUUAUCAGAAACUUUCUUUUUACACUUGAGAUGGGCUAACAAAGAAUCCACUGGGUAAUGGAUUCACACACUUCUAUUAUUGUUGUGUGCCCAUCAUUGAUAGGUCCUGAAUGCAUAUCAUUCACAAACUUUCUUUGGUUGUGUUAGAAUUAGGGAAGAGCCAUGGGUCUCUGUGGGGCAGUGAGGUGGAUGAAUGAUGAUGAUGGAAUGACACAAAACCUGCAACUUAAGUAUUUGUGUCAGAUGUCCUGACAGGUAUGUAUCCAUAGUGUUUGCAUGAUUGCAUAAUCACACAUGAAUUGUCAUUUUGGCAUCACUGCGGCUUGCUUUGGAUGUUAAUUAUUUCUCCUUUGUUAAUGGUAUGUUUGUCCAUCUUUAUUUAAAGGGAACUUUCUGAACCAAGUUUUGGCCAGUGAGUAAACGGUACUCCAUGCUAUGUCCUCCCUGCUUAAAAAAACUAUGGAAUUUGUAUGUUUAUUUAUUUAUGAAAGUAAAUAUUUUGUACAGUUUGUGCAGGAGAUAUUAAAGUCUAUUAAGGAAUGGAAA